UUCUUAUAUUAUCCACCUUUCAUAGAAUUUAGUGAGGUGGCUGAUUGGAAACACUUGCAGUAAAAAAAAUUAAGGAGUUCGUGGAACUUUCUCAAUUGCAAUUGGUUGGCGUAAUUAAAGGGUAAUAUGCACAUAUCCGGAUAAUGGAGAGCGCAUAGUUUUGAUAUUGAACAGCGAUCCACCUGCCCAUCAACAAAAGGUCCAAGAGGUUGCAAAGAUAAUGGUGAAGGAGCUUAAUUUGGAUGAUGAGUGGCUUCUGCAUAAACUCUGCAAGGUUUAUCUACUUAUCUCAAGUCAGAGAAUUGUUGGCUGUCUUGUGGCAGAACCAAUCAGAUAUGGCUACAAAGUCAUCUCAAACUAUCCUUCAAUCAUAAAUUCAUCAAGUUCAAGUGCAAAAGAGAAUUUCAAAACAAAAACUGGUGUGCUUCUCUUUGGCAAUGUCAGUUUCGAGAGAGAAACAAUCCAAAGAUCUAAUGUAAAGAACUCAGAGAAGAUUGCAGAUGAGUUUAUCGGUACUGCAAUCCUUUGUGAGACGGAACCUGUGUCAGCCGUUUCUGGCAUAAGUGCCAUUUGGGUUCUGGCCUCCAGCAGGAGAAAGGGCAUAGCAACUCGCUUGCUUGAUAUUGCAAGGUACUCUCUCUCUCAUAUGUUUUAUGUUUGGUUUAGAUUAUCGUGUUUCCUGGUGUUAUGGAUUUGUAGGAAGAACUUCCUCAUGGGUUAUAUCAUGGAGCCCUCCCAAUUUCCCUUCUGUCAGCCAACUUUGGGGAAGGCUUUUGCCACCAAGUAUUGCAGUACCAACUCAUUCUCGGUUUAUAAAUCUAUUAAAAGGUGAUUUAUGUAAGAAUCGAUAAUUCAAGGUAGAGUUUCUCAAUUGAGAAGAGAAAAUGGGAGGCAUUUCCACAUUCUUUUCUUAUGGCGAUUGUCGAGGUUCCAACAGUCGAAAGCACUGAAAUUAGUGAACACCUUAAGAAUAUGCUCUCCCUGUUCGGAUCUGUUAUCCUCAAAAUAAGCAUUUUGCAUUGUAAAAACCAGGCCCUUUGGUGAUUCAUAAAGAUGAUUCUUACUUCUCUUUUGCUCUAUUAACUAAUGUCAGAUAUGACUUUACAGUGA